AUGGGCUACUGCAACAUCCGGCAGCAGUACUCUCCCGAGCUGGUGCGGCAGCGCGCCAUCGGCUCGCCCGCCGCCUUCCUGGCGCUCUGUGGCCGCGGCGUGCAGAUCGGCACCGAGGUGGGCCUGUUCUUCGCCGGGCUGUGGGCCGACGGCGUGUCGGGGCAGGCCGACGACAGCGUGCAGGUCAAGAAGCGCGCCACCCAGCUGCGCGACCUGCUCACUCGCCUGGGGCCCACCUUCAUCAAGGCCGGCCAGGUGCUGGCCAACCGCCCCGACAUCAUGCGGGAGGACUACAUGAAUGAGCUGUGUGUGCUGCAAGACGACGUGCCGCCGUUCCCGGACGAGCAGGCCUUUUCGCUCAUCGAGGCCAGCCUGGGGCGGCCGCUGGGCGAGGUGUUCUCUUCCAUCAGCGAGCGGCCCAUCGCCGCCGCCAGCCUGGGCCAGGUCUACAAGGCGGUGCUGCGGGACACGGGGGAGGAGGUGGCGGUGAAGGUGCAGCGGCCGGGCGUGGAGCCACUCAUCUUCCGAGACAUCUUCAUCUUCCGCACCCUGGGCACCUUCAUCAACGGAUGGUCCCUGCGCCGCCUGGGGUGCAACGCGGAGCUGAUUGUGGAUGAGUUUGGGGAGAAGCUGCUGGAGGAGCUGGACUAUGUGCAGGAGGCGCGCAAUAUCCUGGACUUUUACGCCAACUUUGAUGGCGACCCGCUGGUCAAGAUUCCGUGGGUGCGGCGCGACCUCAGCGGCCCACAGGUGCUGGUGAUGGAGUGGAUCGACGGCAUCCGGUGCACCGACGUGGAGGCCAUCAAGGCCUCGGGCCUCGACCUGCCAGCCUUCAUCCGCACAGGCGUGGUGUCGGGCCUGCGCCAGCUGCUGGAGUUUGGCCUCUUCCACGGCGACCCUCACCCAGGCAACAUCUUCGCCUUGCCCGACGGCCGCAUCGCGUACGUCGACUUUGGCAACGUGGCGGAGCUGAGCCAGAGCAACAAGGAGAUCCUGAUAGAUGCGGUGGUGCAUGCCGUGAACAAGGACUACCCGGGGAUGGCGGGGGACUUCAUCAAGCUGGGCUUCCUUGCCAAGGGCACCGACGUGGCGCCGCUGGUGCCGGCGCUGGAGAAGAUCUGGGCGGACUCGCUGGGCCAGUCUCUGGCCGACUUUAACUUCCGCACCGUCACCUCCAAGUUCAACGAGCUGGUAUACCAGUAUCCCAUCCGCAUCCCCGAGCGCUACUCCCUGGUCAUCAGGUCGCUGCUGACGCAGGAGGGCAUCUGCCUAACCCUGAACCCGGAGUUCCACUUCCUCGAGGUGGCCUACCCUUACGUGGCCCGCAGGCUGCUGACGGAUGAGGAUCCGGCGCUGCGCACCCGCCUCUUCCAGGCACGCCACCUGCACCCUAUCCUGCCUGCCGCCUGCAUGACGCGCGUGUGCUUGCACGUCCUCUUCCAGGACGGACGCUUCCAGUGGGACCGCCUGGAGAACCUGCUGCGCCUGGCGAGGGAGGGCACGGGCGGCCCCGGCGGCGCGCCCAACCCCGCAGGCCUCGACCUGUCGGCCACCGUCAGCGACGGCGCGCGGGUGGUACUGCUGGAUGACCAGCUGCGGCGCCAGCUGCUGCGGGCAUUCACAGAGGACGACCGCCUGCAUGUGGAGGAGCUGGGCCGGCUGCUGCGCCUGGUGCAGGGCGAUGUGGACCUGCCUCGGGUGGUACAGUCUGGCGUGCAGCAGCUGCCCACGCUGGCACGCCAGCUGGCCCUCGGCUGGUCUGACCGCGUGCUGGCGUCCUAG